AUGUGGUUACCUUGCUCAGAGAGCAUGAGCUGUAGUUCGAGUUCUCGUAGUAGUGAAGAAUCUCUUGAAGUGGUUGAGCUAGCCGAUUGCGAUUUGACGGAGCCCAGUUGUUCAGAUGUUGAUUUAAAUUCAAAGCUAUCAAAAUGGGAACGAGGAGAUUGCAAUGGAGAGUCAAUUAUGGAGGAGCCUCCAUUUCAUAUAUCGUUAAUGGUGAAACUUUCGUGUGCAGUUAUGUUUUUGGCUGGUGUUUUCGCUGAUUGGCUCCGUUCGCGAGGGUUUAUUAGAGUGAAAGUGGCAACUGAUGAUCCACGACACAAGGGAUUUGCACCUCUUGACGACCAUUUCGAGGCAGUUUACAUUAAUCACAUUUAUCGGAAGUCUAGUGACGUUGUGAAUCGACCUAUCUCCAGCGUUGCCGCUAGUGUAAUGCGAUUGAAGGACCGCUACUCUGAUGACAACGGUUGGACUCAAAAGUUCACGGGUACGGAGUCAGAAGUAAUUAACAUGGGGUCGUACAACUAUCUUGGAUUCUCUCACAACGAUGGUCCUUGUGCUGAAGAAGCAGUGCGAUUUAUUGACAAGUAUGGCAUUCACAUUGGUGGUACGAGACACGAGCGAGGAAACCACGCUGUCCAUGCGGAGAUAGAGAAGUGUGUGGCUCACUACUUAGGAGUCGAUGCAGCAAUUUGCUUCCCGAUGGGUUUUGGUACAAAUUCGAUGAACAUUCCGUCACUUGUAGACAAGGGAUCACUAAUUCUUAGUGAUGAGUUGAAUCAUGCAUCUCUUGUUCUUGGUUGUAGGGUGUCUGGCGCAACGAUAAAAGUGUUCAAGCAUAACGAUGCGAAGGAUUGCGAGAGGAAGCUAAGAAAUGCUUUGUGUGAACCAAGCCCUAAGACUGGAAAGCCAUACAAUAAAGUGCUUAUCGUGAUUGAAGGCAUCUACAGUAUGGAAGGCACAAUUGUGAAUCUGCCGGAAUUCAUACGAAUAAAGAAGACUUACAAAACUUAUCUUUUUCUGGAUGAGGCUCAUAGUGUAGGAGUUGUUGAAUAUUGGGGAUGCAAUGCCAAGGAUGUAGACGUAAUGAUGGGAACACUGACGAAAAGCUUCGCUGCAGCUGGCGGAUAUAUAGGAGGAACAAAGGCACUUAUUGAUCAUAUUCGAUACAGCUCAGCUGGACCGUGUUAUGGAGCGGCGAUGUCUCCGCCGAUCGUUGCUCAAGUACUAAGUAGUAUGAAAGUGAUGUGUGGUGAAGACGGAACGGAUAUAGGAGCUCGCAAAGCUGUACAACUGCUAAGGAAUUCUCGCUACUUCCGACGACGCUUGAAGCAGAUGGGCUUCCUUAUUUACGGGCAUGAAGACAGCCCUGUUGUGCCGUUAAUGACAUUCUAUAUCACAAAAGUCGUCGAAUUCUCGCGAAGAACACUUAAGUACAACAUCGGACUUGUUGCUGUAGGAUUUCCUGCCACCCCUUUGACGAAGGCACGUGUUAGAUUUUGCCUAAGCGCAGAUCACACUAAAGAACAAUUGGAUUAUGUUCUUGAUGUUGUUGAUAAAAUUGGCGACACCACUAAUACAAAGUAUGGAUCGAAACAAAACUAUGGAAAAACGAUUGAGUACUAG